AUGGAGAGUCCUCCUAACAACAACACUAGCAAGAUCAGUAGUAGUAGUAGUAAAGGUAAACGCAGCCCUCCAGGGAACUCGAGAUGGAACCCGACGAGUCCCCAGAUCAACUUGCUCGAGGGUUUGUACAACCAAGGCCUCCGGACGCCAACUCCGGACCAAAUCCAGCAGAUCGCCGCCAUGCUCAGCGCCUACGGCCACAUCGAGGGCAAGAACGUCUUCUACUGGUUCCAGAACCACAAAGCCCGCCAGCGCCAGAAGCUUAAGCAGGACAUCCUCGACAUCACCUCCACCGCCGCCGCUAAUCAUCACCACAACAGUCAACUCCCUUUCCUUGGUCAACAUCACCAUCAGUACUUCCUUCGCAACUCACAGCCUCCUCCAGUUAUGUGUGGGUCGUACUAUGCGCCACAACAACAAGCGGAAGAUCAGGUAAGGCUGAUGACACGUCAGCAACAACCCAACAACGUUAUGGUGGUCCCACCGGGAGGCGGCUCUAAGGGGACGCAGAAGGUUCAAAGUUCCGACAAGAUGAUAACAAGGACGGUGGCAGCUACCGCCGCCGCCGCCUAUCAUGACCGCCGCCACAGAGCAGCCGUCUCUGUGUCGGGAAACGACGACGAUGAUGAUUGUGAUGAUAAUAAUAACAGUCGUGAAACGCUCCAGCUCUUUCCUCUGCACCCGACUGGCGGUUUGCUGGGAAGGGCUUUGUCUCCGCCGCCAUACGACAAUAAUUCUAGCUCUGUUGGGGAGACUGCUGCUGUAAGCUUCGACGACGACGACAAUUCUAGUGCUGGUGUUGGUGUAGGCUGCUGCAGCAGCUUCGACUUCUUCUCCCUCGGGCAGUCUCGUUUUUGUCGGCCACAUCGAUUUUGA